CAAAAAAAGAGAAAAUUGUUUCUUUGAUUCGGCUUCCAGGCCACUCCCUGGGGUGGCCUCCCCUUCAGGUUAAAAGUAGAAGCAAUGACGAAGGUGCGACUUCACUGUGAGAAGUGAUAGACAGGUGUUCUGAGCUGAGACGAAGCCAGGAGUUUAUCUUUGAAAACGAUUUACAGAGCCAUCUUCAGAGGUGAAAGUCCAACAUGAGCUACUCUAGUUCCAAGACCCUGCUGAAGGACAACAGCUGGAUUAGAAAGACUGACGAUGAAGACGAGCCUGUCGACCGAGACCCAAACUUUGGCAAAACUGUCUUGAGUCGAGUCAAGAGCAGUGAAACUUCUCUGAGUAACUCAGAAACUGAGCCACAGAAAACCACGGUAACAAAAAGUUCAUCUUCAUCUGUGCAAGCUCUCAGCAAGAGGUUCAGUGGAAGUAAAGAGGAGCUGAAAACCACCACCACCCCUUCUUCCUACUCAAAAAGACCAUUAAGUGGGAAGACAGAACCUUCCAGCAGCACUAAAACAAAAACUGUGACCAAAGAUGGGACAACUGAGACCACCACCACCAUUACCACCACCCAAAGUGUCAAGUCCCCUGUGACCAAAUCGCCCACUAAAACGGAGACUUUCAUGGAGCGCGUCAAGGCCUCAAGCAAAGGUUCACAGUAUUCAACCUACUCACCUACCAAGACGACAAAACCAACAAUCACUCCUAAAGAUGCGGAGGACCAGCUUUACAACUCACUCACCCCCUCGCCAGGGAAGGAGGAUUCUAAAACUACGGACAGAAAAACAACAGUGACAACAACUGAGACUGUGACGGUAAAAACUGACAGCAAUGAAAAGGCUGACGACAACCUGUAUGAAUCCCUCAUGCCCAAUUCCAUCACAUCUCCUGACAGCAGCACAAUCACCACAAAGACAAAGACUGUUGUGGACAGCAGCAAAGACGCUGAGAAUCAGCUGUAUGACUCACUGAUUCCCGAUUCUAUCAAAGACAAGGAUGGAGACAGUUACAGAAAAACAACUAUUUCCAGCAGUGAGACUGUGUCGGUGAAGAGGUCUUACAAUGGAGAUGACACCAAAACGACAACAACCGUAACAAAGUCCCCCUCAACGCCUGUGGAUGACCUGUACGACUCCCUCCUGCCUAAAGGCAUCACAUCCCCUGUCAGUUCAAGCACCACAGUGAAGGACACUGUCAUAGUCACCAGCAGGAAAGAGGAAGAAAGCCCAUCAACACCGUCCUCCACACGAACCACCAGCUACAGCUCAUACACUGAUGAUACACCCUACACUCGCAGCGGUUCAUACAGCAGCGACUAUAAAACCUACUCCUACUCCAGAACAGACUCCAGUUAUGAGUACAGCAGCCUCAACAGCCCCUCUCACUAUUCCUCCACAUCCUACAAGAGUAGCAGCUUGUCAGAUGACAUUCUGUCUGAUCCAAUCUACUCCAAAUCUUCCAGCAAGAGUGUUUAUCAAUCCUCUGAGAGGCCUGUGCUGGAGAAGGACCUGUGCACCUCCUGCCGUAAGCCCUUCACUGGUGAUGCCAAGAUGGUCCUGGACGAAAUGAAGAUCAACUGCCACGCAUCCUGCUUUAAAUGUGACGUCUGUAACGGCUCUCUGGGUAAUCUGAAAGCCGGGGACAGCAUGUGGAUCUACAAACGCAUGGUGCACUGCGAGAACUGCUUCGAAAUCACCAGAGAUAAAUGGCGCCGCUGAGCCUCCUCUCAGAUUAAGCCAACUGUUGCAUUCUGAUACUAUGGGUGACGUGGGUCGUACUAAGACAUCUUUGAGUGGGGUGCUUCCGAAAAAAAAUCAGAGUUUCAUCAUGUGAAUUACAUUUUUAUGUGGCAAUACAGGCCACACAUGGCAUGAAAUCUACUGUCCUUUACAAGUGUUGUCUUUACAUCUAUAUUUUAUAUCUGUUUCUGUCCUAAAUGUGCUUUUUGGGGACUUGUGAGCAAUGCAAGAGGAUACAUUACAAUACUGAGGGCCGGGGGCUUUUUCUUUGUGCAAUAAGGCAUAUAAACUCCUAUAUAUACACCGCCUCCCCCAAAA